AUGCUGCUCGGACACCUCGCCCUCGCGCUCCCCGCACUCGGUCUCCCUGUCCAUGCCGCCGUGACCUCCCUCUUCAUCCCCGCCGCCGACCAACUCGCGCUCGCCGCGAAGAACGUCGGCACGGACGCCAGCGGACACACCACCUGGGUCCUCGCCGCGGGGAGCACCGCGAGUGGGACACUCUCCACCCCGCCCUUCGCUUUCCCGCACGCAACGAUGGUCGCCGGCUCCUCCGACCUCCACUUCCUCCAGGCCGUCCCGGGCGUCUCUGGGGUCUUCGCGAUAGAGGACUGCGCGAUCGCAGACACGGUCGCCGCGUGCACGAUGCAGUACUCCGUCGCGGGCGCGGUCACUACAGUGGGGACGACGACGGUGCCUGUCACCGCGUUCCCCGUCCAGCUCGUCACGGGCGGGAAGGUGCUCCCGACGGACUCGGCGCUGGCUGCGUUCACGCUAUCGACCGUUGCUUCAAGUUCGGACUCGGGCUCGAGCGCGGGGACCGGUGAGGUGGCCGCCACGGCGACGACGACGACUGCGAGCGCAACUGGCACCGGGGCGGGCACGAACGGAGCGGGGAAUGGAGGCGCGGGUGUGGCGAGGGCGUCGCUGGUUGCGGUUGGUGCGGUGGUGUUCGUUGCAGGUAUUCUUGGGAACGUGGUGCGUCUGUGA